GAUGGCGGACGGAAACGCAUGGGAACCCUUAGUUGAGAAUCUGACAAAGUCCUUUUCGAAUUUAUCACCGCAGAUUUUACCUGGAAUGCAUGACGCGAAAAAGGUCUUACAAGCUCUUCAGUCUGGUUUGAACGAUUCUCGUCAAAGCCGGGCGGAAUCUCAGAUCCAUUGUAAAUGGUGUGGCAGGAUAGUUUCCAGUGACCAUGUGACUUUGGAGACCCAACAGGAAUCUGUGAGUACUGUGCAAAGAGUACUAACUUGGAAUAUAGAUUGGACUAAAAGAAUUCUGAGGAUUAAAGGAGCAGAGGUUUGUUGUCAAGACUGUCAGCUGCUGUUGAAUCUCGCAAGAUUGCUGAAUUUUCUGUUGUCCUCAGAUAACUCUUCAGACAUUACUAAGCUGUAUUCUUUGGCCUCCCACUUCAGUCAAUUAAAUGGACACACAUCUCAGUCUGGAGAGGAUGACGUCAUGUUACUUCAGCAAGCUGUAGCUGUUGUUCACUCUCUCCAUAUGCUAACAAAAAACAUGCCCGAUUUGGAAAUUCAAGGACCAGAUGGCAAAAGCGUCACAUUGGACACUGUUUGUGAUGUGCUAAACCAUUUUUCUCCACGUUUAAUGUCAAGCUCUUCUACAACGUCUACAUCAAAAACAAAACAGAAGAGAAAAAAAGCGGAAAGGUUCAGCGGCGGUCCUAAUACCACCCAGAAAAUAGAUUCCUCGAUGGCUGAACUUAAACCGACUCCCGAAAAGAAGAAAAAGAUGGGAGUGGCUUAUGAACCUCAUGUAAAUGGAUAUCACGUAAACGACAAUGAAGGCGCGGUUGAGAAUGACCAUAUCAAGGACACAUUAAAGGGCUCAGCGAAAAGAAAGCGCCUUAUUUUAUCUGAAAAGACGAAGAAAGGUGCAGCUGGGAAGGUGAAACUCGGAAAAAAGAGGAGGUCUUUACCCGCCAUUGAAUUUGAUUAACAAGACGUUAUGGCUGGAACGUAAAAUCCGAUCAACCAAACUAUAUUCUUGACGCAAGGUCUGUUUUCGGAUGAUCUCCACCCCAGCUCCUGAGGUCCUAAUCGCCCAAUCAAAAACAACGCUAGCUUGCGCUGUGUAGGCCCUUAUUGUUAGCGCUGUAGAACGAGCGGGGUCUGGUGCUCGUUAUCAGUAUCAGACCCCCUGCAAACAUUUCGCGGGCUAACAUUGUUCAAGGCCUUAAACUUACUCGUGAGUGAAGGGGCGUAUGAUAAUUAGGGCCUGAUCACCCGUACAUUAUCAAGGAAGGACCUGGCUCUCUAGAUAUUACUUCGUGUUUUGGCGUUAUUUUCGUUUGAAAUUCCAGACUCAUCGAUGAUGCAGAAGCCCUGCUUCCGCAAAUAAAAUAUUCUUGAUGCUGAA